AUGGACCCAACGCAUGAGAUUCGUAUGUCAGCCUCGCCUGGCAGAGCAUCACAAGUCAUACAUCAGCACGAAGUAGGCAGUCCAGUACGAAGCGUACGACCAGAGUUCCUGCUCGAGUCCAUCAACAGCCAGGCAGAAUUUGGACCGCGAACAUUUCUAGACAAUCCAUCACCCGACGAAGAGAUACACGUUCCGAAUAUACCAGACACACAUACUUCCCCUCAAGCCGAAGGUGCUCAAGCCGAAUCGCUAUUCUCCAAACAACGGCGAUCGGGUCACUACUUGGGUGGCACCACAGAGCAGUUUCAAUCGAACUGUACUCCGGAGCGAAGAAUGUCGAUGACACCCUCGCCUCGCUCUCCUGUCGAACCUACAGACUUUGAAAGAUAUCAGCAGCUGACGCGUGAGGCUUGCAAGAGUGGAUUCGACAGCGAUGAAGAUUCGUAUAUCGGGUCUGUUGAGGAGAUGACGCCUGUCAGACCAGCGAGGAGGAGCAAUAUGCUUGUUGACGGUCUGUUUCACCACAACUCUCCGCGUGCCUUGGAAGAGGAGAGUCCGAUCCUACCAAAAGCCCAGGAUCUAGCCAUGGCGCGUCAGAUCAAGGAAGUGCAUCACCUCACCAUGCAAGCUCUGACAGGUAUCUCUGGUUCUUCAAACCCACCACCCACACCUCCGCCGAUACCGACGCGUGACUCGCGAUACCAGGAAUGGCGAAACUCUAGAUAUCGAUCAGUCUCGGCACCAGCGAAGAAGGUCACUGUGGCGCCUCCACCUAUCGACACAUCUCGGAUGGCUAUACAACCGCCACAUGUCAAAACACCAUAUCCUUUCCGUGCUAUUCACCGCAAAGAGUUUGGCCGUCAGUUCUCAGCCUCAGAACCUACAUUGCGCAGCCCUCGUGUGCACGACAGCAUCCUCACCCUCAGCAUUCGUCGCAGCAACCCGAAUAGUCGGCUACGUCUCUCCACUCUUACCAUCCCAGCCAAUAGUGAAUUCAGCGCAGUCAAGAAUCGCCGUUCCACUUCCGGAGGGAAAGAAUACACACCCCAAGAUUUCGAUGACGCAGAACUGUUCCGACAACUUCGACGCCACUACAAGAACCUGCUGGGUCCCUGGCGCUACUUCUCAGCCCGAAGCCUGACUAUGAUAUGCGUAAGCGGCGAUGCAAGCAAACAAGCAGACUCAGGCUACGGCUGGCUACUCACACCACGCUCCCCUCGCACCCUAGCCCACAAAGGUCUCAACGACACCUUCAGCGAAGAAAAACUGCUCCGCUUCUUCCACGAUCCCAGUGCAGCGGGGAAAAGCAGGUAUGCGUGGUUGACUGGUCUCCAGCUGAAAGAAAAGUAA